UAGACUUGCGAGAAGCGGGUUUUGAAAGAACAUCUUCCUGCGCUGGGGGGGGGUUGCAGCGAGUUGUGCAAGGCGAUUCCCGGCGGCAGCGCCAUGGCCAACGCCGGGGGAGUUUGGGACGGGGAGCGGGAGCCUCUGCCAAGCCGGGAGAUGGAGCUGGAGCCCCCCAGGCCCCCACCGCUGCCAGGGAAAACUCAGAGGGCCGUCGUGCAGGCACGGGGCAGCAUGCACACCCGCUGCAGCAGCCUGGACCUGGGUGCCCCCGGACCGCCUGCCCCCAUGCCGGACACCCCGCGGGGCCGCCCGCCUCGACCCCCCGACUCAGCCCUCAUCUACAGCAACGUGGGAGAGCUGCGAGCCCACCUCGUCCCCUGCAAGGCUAGCCGAGGAGAAGGAGCUGGGAGACCCCCCUCUCAGCCCAACCAGGACCCCCUGCCUCCCCCAUUGCCAAAAAAGCAUCUCCAGCGAGCAGAGUCCCUCCCGGAGCAGGGGCCAUCCCAGCACUAUCAGGGUGACCCCACGCGAUGGGCCGGCAGCAUUCUCUACAGCACCCCACCACCCCAGCCUGAGGAGGGGGCUCCUGGUUCUGUCCCACUACAGGACAGACCCUCCUGGGGAGCCAAGAAGCCCCUGACUAAGUCCCAAAGCCUGGGGGAACCGCUGGCCCGGACCAGCCCACAAAAAGCCCCAUCGCCCAGUCCGGCGGAGCUGACGUUCGGGACGGCGGAUGGGGAGCUGGGGCAGCUCCUGGAGAGCCCGGCUGGGGUGUGCGGGGUGGUGUUGGGGUGCCAGGCAGCCACCCUGGCCCGGCUCUCGGCUCGCAUCCAGGAGGAGCUCGUGGGGCCGGAGGAGCGGCAGCAGUUGCUGGAGGCAGAGCUGGCAGGGAAGAGCUGGGCAGCGCUCAGCAUCCUGGACCGGGAGCCGUGCUGCGAGAGCGGGGACGCCUGGUAUUUCCGUGUGGGCUUCACUUUUGAGCAAACCCAGCUGGUGUUUGCAGCCAAGGUCCCCAAGCCAUCCUGCACCAGCCUGGGGGUGCAGAGCUCCCUCGGGGUGCACUGCAGCAUCCAGCGCCUGAUCGGCCGCUUCACCAACCACCUCCCCUGGGAGCUGGUGCUCCCAGGAAGCCCCUCCAGAGAGAAGCCAGCCCAUCUCGCCACCCGCCCUGUCCUGCAGGUCCUCAUUUCUCCUGAGGUUCCCUACCAGACCCUGGCAGGCUUUGUGAAGGGAUCCCACGGUUUGCACAGGACCAGCCCUGGGCACUACGAACGCCUGGCUUGCCUCCUCCUCCUGCAGGUGUGCAUGGGGCUGGAGCAUCUCCGGGUGCAGAACGUGGGGCGGGGGGACCUCUGCCCCGAGAACCUGCUGCUGGUGCAGUGCCCGUGUCCUCCCUGGAGCCAGCAAGGCAAGGAGGCAUCCCUGGGGCUCUCCCUUCCAAGGCUGCUCAUCAGCAGCUUCUUCAAGGUUCAAGACAAGCAAAGACCUUGUUCUACCAGCCAAGAGCAGGAUUGGACCAAGGGGCUUGCUGCACCGCCCACCCCAGUGGCAGAUGAGCUGAACGUAGGCAUGCUGAUCUAUCAGAUCUUGCACGUGGACAUCUCUCUGGAGAACACCUUGGGGUUCAGAAGCAACAGACUUCCUCAGAUCCCCUCCCUGUCCAUCUAUUCCACGGGACUCAAGCGUCUGGCCAUGCUGCUUCUCCACAGAGAUCCCUGCAAGAGGGUCUCCAUCGAGCAGGCAAGGAGCAUCCUGCAGGUCCUGCUCUGGGGACCUCGCCAGGAGCUCUUUGCCAGAAGCAAGAAGACUCUCGCUCUGCUCCGGAGCUGGGUGGAGGUGAAGAGGGCUCUGCUGCUCCUCAAGUUUGCGGAGAAUUCGGUUGGGGCGGUGGGGAGCCCCGGCCUCGAGGAGUGGCUGUGCUGCCAGUACUUCAAGGAGGUCACCGAACACACGCUUUACCAAGCCACAGAGGCGCUCUACACUCCCUAAAGGCAAACUGAAUUUCAGCCCACCCAAAGGGUCUCCUCGAAGCCAAGAGCCCACGAGGACCUGGCCAAAUCCCCCAGCUCACAAGGAACCCAAGCUGGGCCUGGCUGGGAAAACUCUGUUUGCAAACCCAAACCCGCUUUUCCCACAGCACGUGAAUGCUGAAGCUGGGACCAAACUCCCACCCAUGACUCCCACAACGCAGGGUGUGUUUUUACACCCUCAACCAAUUUUUGUUUGGGUCCAGUUUAUCACAGCACCUCAGGAAAGACGGCUGGAUGGAAGCCACAGGAUCAAGCACCAAGUUAGUGGCUGAUUAUCCUGAGUAAAGUUUACGGGGCUAAGACUUUGUACAAAACCCUCUCAGACCUCUCCUCUGGCAGUGAGGCUUUCACUGCUUUAAAGAACAAUGCAAAGCCACACAUUACAGGUUACCUUAAUGCACCGUUAGCAAAGGAGAAAUACAAUCCCACGUACAGCCUGCUCUUUUAGAAACAAUUUGUGGCAUAGUCACAAACGUAAAUGACAUUUUAAAGGGGGAAAUACAGCAGCCACACAGCUUCAAUAAAACCCAGAGCUGAGCCUCUUAAA